AUGCAGCCCGACCGGGUUGAUCAUGGUUCAGCACUUGCAGCCGCAACAGCUAGCGCCCUAGGUGCCUCCAAUGGCCCCAGCGACCCCGAGGACGACAGAAGCAGAGAUGGGGACGACCAAGACACCUCCUCGAUGGACCAUGACGCUGCCACCGCCCGCCCAAGUGAUUACGACCGGCUCGACCAGGUAGCUUUGGAGCUGCCCGCCUGA